GCACUUAACUUCACACUGAAGGAUCUUCGGCGAAAUAACAACAUCUUUGGUGGCUUAAUGAUAUUGUUGGCAGGCGAUUUCAGGCAGACGUUGCCAGUAAUUCCCCGUGGAACGCCUGCAGAUGAAUUGAAUGCUUGCCUGAAGGCAUCACCUUUAUGGAAUAACGUAAAAACGUUAUCGCUAACCACUAAUAUGAGAGUUCAACUUCAAAAUGAUCAAAGUGCUGCACAAUUUUCAAAACAAUUGUUAGCUGUUGGAAAUGGAAAAGUCACAGUUGAUGCGACAUCUGGAUUAAUUACUCUUACCAACGACUUUUGCCGAUUUGUAGACUCUCAACUAGCUCUUAUUGAAAAUGUUUUUCCAAACAUUAGUGAGAAUUAUCAGAAUUAUGCUUGGUUAAGUCAACGAGCAAUUCUUGCCGCAAAGAAUAAUGAUGUACACGCACUGAAUUUCACCAUUCAAUCAAAAAUCGAUGGCGAUUUGGUGACAUACAAAUCCGUUGAUUCCAUAACAAAUCCCGAUGAUGUAGUACAUUAUCCAACGGAGUUUUUGAACUCUCUCGAGUUACCAGGAUUUCCACCACAUAACUUGCAACUCAAAGUUGGUACAGUUAUUAUGAUAUUGCGUAAUUUGAAUCCACCGCGACUUUGCAACGGUACUCGACUUGCGGUAAAAAGACUUAUGCCGAAUUUGAUUGAGGCAACCAUUAUUAACGGAAAGUACGCAGGUGAAAAUGUAUGUAUUCCUCGAAUACCAAUGAUUCCGACUGAUCUUCCGUUUGACUUCAAACGAUUGCAAUUUCCAGUUCGCCUUGCGUUCGCAAUGACAAUUAACAAGUCGCAAGGCCAAUCGCUUAGUGUUUGCGGGAUAAAUUUAGAAAAUCAUUGUUUUUCACAUGGGCAGUUAUACGUUGCGUGUUCACGAGUUGGAAAACCAUCCGCUUUGUUUGUGUUAACGUCAGACCAAAAAACAAAAAAUGUGGUUUACCAAAGAGCACUUCAAUGAAACGAAUGAUUUGCGGACACGUAUAACGAUUCGAUUCAGUAUUUACUUUGUAUUCACUUUCAUUCACUUAGAGAAGUUCAACUAAAUAACACUUAAUUUAUUUUAAUCUAAAUGAAUUCAUUACUAUUGUGAAAUGAAAUAAAAUUUUUCCUUUUCAAAUAUAAAACAAAAAAAUUUUUUUCGUUCAUCUUUUAAUCACCAAACGAAAUGUUACAUAAAACGAAGCCAUCUGGUGGCGAAACGGAGUUCGCCGGGUGUGCUAGUACACAUAUAAUUAUUUAAAUCGCCAAUAUCCCUACUACAAAGAAAUAUAAGAGCAAAUCAAACUGAUGAGCAUCGCGAAGCGCGAAAUGAACUUGAACUGAAUCGAUAUCAAGAUAGAAAUGUUCUGUUUAAUCCCCACAAAGCUGCAUUCAGUUAUAAUGUGGCAAUUGAUUAGAGCAAAGUUCAGAGCAAAUUGUUGCUAUUGGACUAAUGAACAUUUUGUGUCCACAUUGGGGUUGAAAUUAAAAAAUGAAGCCUCUGGAUUGUGUUGAGCCAGCGGCCAAGUCAAAUUGACGCCAUUGGUACCGCCACCAGAGCCACUACAUUCAUUGGUUCAUUUUUUGACUCAUAUCCAGCAGUACAAUAAUUGCUUUCAAAUGACAUCAUUUGGGGCAACAAAAGUUAUACGAGACAAUUUUUUGCCUACUUUUAGCAAAUUCAGGGAUUCAAAUAUAUCAUCAAACAGGUUCCUUAUUGCCAGUGCCUGUUGAAGACUAUACAUUUUUGCAAAUAUAUUUUAUGGACAAUUCAGCAAGAGAAGUCGAUCAGCGUUGCGCACACAACAACUCAGUAAAGAGAUCCAUUGUGAUGAACAACUUCAAACAUUUUUCCUUCAACACAAUGAAUUAGUUGCAUUAGACCGAUGCAUUAGAAAUUCACAAAUGCAUUAGACCAUAAGAUAAUCACAAAAUUGUCAUCAGAGCCGAUAAGGCGCCUGCAGGACAGUGAAAUGAUUGAAUCCUAUGAAAUAAACACUAUUAUGAAAAUAUAUUUUGUUUUUUUUUAAAUUAGUAAAGUCCUUUUCAGGUAUAGUGAGAUCAGGAAAUUAUGGAUUCAUUUUUAUAUGGAGGAUAUUUAUAGAUUCCAAUUCAAAUUGAAUAGGGACUCAUACAUAACUCAGCUAUACAAA